AUGACCAGUACUACUGAUAAGCAAAGUUCCACGUCUAUCCCACCAGUGUUUCACAAUAAUGAUAAAGGAACAUUUGGUUACUAUACUGCCACAGAAAGAUGGCCCAUUAUUAUUAGCAACUGCAUUAAUGAUUUGGAUAAUCACCUAAACCAGUUAUCUGCAAAUUUACUCAAAGAGGGGGUAGCAGAUUAUGAAUUGAUUGAAUCUUCUGGAAAAGUGAUCAAGAAUAAGAUACUCGCUUUGAGAAAAGAUAUUGUAAAGGGUGAUGUCUUACUAGAAAAAUUUCCUGAAAAACUAAUUGCUAAAAGGCCCAUCUAUAAGGAUUUCAAUCUUUACUUGGAGAAUCCUGAUGACGGUCAACCUCCUAAUUCGCUAACGUGGGCCAAUUCUGGUUGGUUGUUUUCUGAAGUUUAUUUGUACAACAGAAUCCAUCAGUAUUUCCUUGAAUCUGGCUCUGCUUACUGGAUUAAGCAAUUUGAUAUAUUUAAUGCCGUGAAACAAUCUACUUUUAAGUCUAGUAUCUACGGUGUUUUGGAACUGGCUAUUAAAUAUAAGAAUUUGCAUCCCAAAUUUAUCAACGAAUUGACCUACAAUGCAGAGGGCACCAAUUUAGACACUCUGCAGAUUCUUUUCAACGAAUUUGUUGAAAUUUCGUUGUGGGGUAAUGCUACCGAUCUAUCAUUAUUGACAAAUGCCACCUUAGAAGAUAUUAAAUCAAUUCAAGGCGCUGAAGCUAGAAAAAAAUCAGAAUCCAAAAUAUUGAUCAAUGAUACAAAAAGGGCAUGGGAACAUUUAUUAUCGUCUAAUAAAAACGAAAAAUCAGGCAAGAGGGUUGACAUUAUUUGUGACAAUUCUGGUUUUGAGUUAUAUGCCGACUUAUUGUUGGCAUUGUUUUUAUUGGACACUAGGAUUGUGGAUAAAGUUGUUUUCCAUUCCAAAGAUAUUCCAUACAUGGUUAGUGACGUUAUGAAUAAGGAUUUAACUAUCUUAUUAAACGAUUUAAUGGACCCAAGCUUUUUCCCCCGUAACGACAAUACUAAUGAUGAUCCUUUUACGUUUCUUGCUGAUCAUGUUAUUGAAUAUUUAAACUCUGAAAAAAUAAUUAUUAAGGAUGAUCCAUUCUGGACCAAUUACUUUGAUUAUUGGAGUAUUGAUUCUAAUUCUGAGGGUUCUGCUAUAUACAAUGAAUUUAUCGAGUCCAAAACCUCUUUAAUUAUUUUCAAAGGUGAUUUAAAUUAUCGUAAAUUAACUGGUGAUAGAAGAUGGGACAGAACAACCCCCUUUAAAGCAGCUAUUGGACCUUUAAGUCAUAACGGAUUGCCCAUCCUGAGUUUAAGAACUUGCAAAGCAGAUGUCGUCGUUGGGUUGUCUGAUGGUGUAGAUGAAAAAUUAUGCAAGGAGUGGGAAGCUUUGGGACACGAGUAUGGUUCGUGGUGGUGCAGUAGUGGUAAAUGGGCUGUUAUAUGUUUUUCCGAAGGCACUAGCUAA